AGAGGGGUGGGGAGUCUGGCGGCGGAGCAGCAGCUGGGGGUGGGGAGGGGGUUCGGAGGAGAAUGGGGAGGGGGCGGAACCUCCGGGUACCGCAGACGUGAGAGAACCCCUGCGGCCUAAGGGGCCGCAUCCCUUUCUUCCCAAAACUUUCUCCUUGUCCCUACUGUGCCGAGACCUAAAUUUAUUUGUAUCUUUUUAUUUUUCUCUUUGGAAAAAGUAAAACCUGUGAUGUGUCAUGUGACUGAACUGUCUAGGAGGGAGGGUGAAGAUGUGGGGGGUUUCUUAGGGCCACCCGAAAGGGUGCAGUGGUGAGCAAGAGGGACAGGCCAGAGUAAGAGGGACAGGCCAGAAUAUGUAUGGAAAGGUGGCUUUUCCUCGGGGCAGCCCAGGAAGGCCCCAAGAGGACAAUGGAUUCUGGAACUCGCCCAGUUGGUAGCUGCUGUAGCAGCCCCGCUGGGCUCUCACGGGAGUACAAACUAGUGAUGCUGGGUGCUGGUGGUGUAGGGAAGAGUGCCAUGACCAUGCAGUUCAUCAGCCACCGAUUCCCAGAAGAUCAUGAUCCCACCAUUGAAGAUGCUUAUAAGAUCAGGAUCCGUAUUGAUGAUGAGCCUGCCAAUCUGGACAUUUUGGAUACAGCUGGACAGGCAGAGUUUACAGCCAUGCGGGACCAGUAUAUGAGGGCAGGAGAAGGGUUUAUCAUCUGUUACUCUAUCACGGAUCGUCGAAGUUUCCAUGAAGUUCGUGAGUUUAAACAGCUUAUUUAUCGAGUCCGACGUACUGACGAUACACCUGUGGUUCUUGUGGGAAACAAGUCAGACCUCAAACAGCUAAGACAGGUCACCAAGGAAGAAGGAUUGGCCUUGGCCCGAGAAUUCAGCUGUCCCUUUUUUGAGACAUCUGCUGCAUACCGCUACUAUAUUGAUGAUGUUUUCCAUGCCCUUGUACGGGAGAUACGUAGGAAAGAAAAGGAGGCAGUACUGGCCAUGGAGAAAAAAUCUAAGCCCAAAAACAGUGUAUGGAAGAGGCUAAAAUCACCAUUCCGGAAGAAGAAAGAUUCAGUAACUUGAAGAGAAGAUGUGAAGUGUUUAUCUGUGAACUGCAGUGCUGUAUCAAAGCAGUCCAGUAACCUGCAGUACUGAGUAUGGUGCUUGCUCUUUCACCUAACUGAUAAGAGGGACAUGCCUACUAGGAGUUUUUAAUGAUGUGGUAUUUAAAGUAUUGUCUCUUAGUUAAGUAUGAUUUAUUAACCCAGUGGAGCACUGUCUGCUUUUAAAUUGUCACAUUAGAAUUUGAUCUACCAAUGUUUUGGGUUCUGUUGCGCUAUUAAUUAAUGUAAAUUUGUUUAUACCCAGGAGAAUAUGAUACCAUGUGUGUUUGACUAAGUUCACAAGGGAAGUUUUUGGCUCUGCACUCCACAUUAUCCUUCAAUCUCAAUUUCCUGGGACUAUCCCAGAGAAAGACCUCAGUCUCUUCUAUUCACACUAUGCUUCCUAGAGACAGAACAAAAAUCAUGUAGGGAAAUUGGGGCUAAUGAGAUCAGUGCCAAAUUUCAGCAGAUACCUGUGAGGCUGACACCUGUUGCAGACUAUGGAGUGGUGAGAUUUGGGGAAGUUGGGCUGUAUGUUUGCAGGGACUUAAAAAGGUAGGUUCAGAACAGUAUUCUCAGUACAAGCUUCGCUUUUCUAAGAAGUACACAUUUGGCCCAAAUUCACCAGGAUAAGUGAGAACAGCCAGAAGCAUGUAAAAUGUGAUGAAGGGUUCUCCUGGGAACCUUUUUUACUCUUCAUUUCAGGGUUUUCUUUUUUUUUUUACCUUCAAAGGUAGACAUUUUGGGAAUCAUAACUGUAUUACUAAACGUGUUUAAUCAAAAUUCAUAGUUGGAUCAGCCAUUGCCUUGUACAGGUUUAUUUUUUCCCCACAGAUGCACACACCAACACAUUUAUAUUAAUUGCUUCCUCCCACUUCGUGCUCUGUAAAACAGCUACAGCUGGCAAGAUGUUUUUUCGGCCCUUCAUCACUGAUUGCAUUUUCCAUACAGAAGUGACAUCAGGGGUAGGGUAAAAUUGUGUGUGUGCCUCCUUGACGUGGACAAUCACUAGACUCAGUGCUCUGAGAAAAUCUGCUAUUUCUGUUUAAUGGGUCAGUCUUAAAGCUUUAAAAUUCACAUAGGUGGAGUUUCCCAUCUGAAGAUUUCUUUACAAGGACUUUGCUAAGUUCAUCUCAGGGUUAUCUGAGCCUUGACCAAGUUUAUCCUAAGGGAAUACCACUUCGCUCCCUGUGCAUAGUUUAGGAACUGUAGUCCUAGGAGGAAACAGCUUUAAAUAUUGGUAGUGAGUUGUCUAAGAUCAGGACUGUUUUGAUAUCUGACCUUGUUAUAUGCGGAGAGUAAAUGCAAAAAUGCUAAGGGUAAUGCAUCAUGUAUUGAAUAUUAAGUGUCACUGAAGCAAUGUUUGUGUCGACUAGAAACGUAAGAUGACUUGUGUAGCACCUCUUUAUAAGCACACAGCUCAUCUUAAUAUUUUCCAUUUUUAUUAGACGAAGUAGGACAGAGUUGUGUUUUUCUUUAUAAACAAAUGAUAAACUAGCUUUUUUAAAAAGUGACUGUUAGAACUUUUUUAGCUCUGAGUAGUGGUCCCUUUUUAAACUCCUGGAAACAUUUUUGUUACCAAAUAAAUCAUGUUUUAUGGUACUCAGCCAUCCAAAAGUGAAA